AUGGCGCUGUCCAGGGUGUGCUGGGCUCGGGCCGCUCUAUGGGGUUCGGCGCUCGCCCGUAGACCCGGUGUCACUCGCGAGCUGCAGCUCUUUCGCCCUGGCGUCGCCUGGAGAGCCCCCGGGUCUUCAAAGAUUCACCUAUCUUCAAAGGCAGAGGUGAAGAGUUUGAUUUCUUAUGUGGUGACCAAGACAAAAGCGAUUAAUGGGAAAUACCACGCGUUUUUAAAUCGCCGUUUUCCCCGCGUUUAUCUCCUGUACACAAUCUUCAUGAAAGGAUUGCAGAUGUUAUGGGCUGAUGCCAAAAAAGCUAGAAGAAUAAAGACAAAUAUGUGGAAGCAAAAUAUAAAGUUUCAUCAACUUUCAUACCGGGAGAUGGAGCAUUUGAGACAGUUUCGUCGAGAUAUCACCAAGUUCUUUUUUCUAGGUGUUAUUUCUGUCCCACCCUUUGCCAACUACCUUGUCUUCGUGCUAAUGUACCUGUUUCCCAGGCAACUACUGGUCCAACAUUUCUGGACCCCAGAGCAAAAAGUUGAUUUCUUAGAUGUCUACCAUGGUCUCCGGAAGCAGUCCCACCCAGACGUCCUUCAUUAUUUAGAAAAGGGCAUCCCUCUCAUUCCUGAUGCAGGACUCCAGAAGCAUAUGACAGAGCUUUGCACCAAGAUAAAGCGAGGCACCCACCCAGAAAUCCAUGAGAUCCUGGCUUUGCGAGAAUGUUUCUCUAACCCUCCUCUGGGCCUGGACCAGCUCCAGGCUUUCCAGAUGAAAGCCUUGAGUCGAGCCAUGCUUCUCACACCUUACCUGCCUUCUGUCUUGUUGAGAUACCGUUUAAGGACUCAUACCACUGUGAUUCACCAAUUGGACAAGGCUUUGACGAAGCUGGGGAUUGGCCAACUGACAGCUCAGGAGGUAAAAUCGGCUUGUUAUCUUCGUGGCCUAAAUUCUAACCAUAUUGCUGAAGAGAGGUGUCGAACUUGGCUGGGAGAGUGGCUACGCAUCUCCUGUAGCCUAAAAGAAGCUGAGCUGUCCCUCUUGCUGCACAACCUGGUCCUGCUGUCCACCAACUACACGGGAACAAGGUUCUGAGCAACCAGAGGAUGGAGGCAUUGUCCAGAGAGCAGCAGCACAAGCCAGAUAGCACCUACCAUGAAGAUUCUGUGUCCUGUCAGGUGUGCAGGAGGCAGAAUGGCCCACCUUGGGCUGCUUCCAGUGGAGGCAGGAACUGAAACAGAAGCCUCUUUCCUGGGCUUUUGAAUGGAUGUUUGGGGUCAGUUCCCAGGAAGGGAAUCCUUAUGUGGUUAGGGCACACCACUGCCAUUCUUUAUAACCAUGCUUGUUAAAGAAGAUGAUGGAACAGCUUUUCCACCCACACAUGGACUUUAGGGAUCCCCACAUCCUUUCUGAUAUGACCAAAUUUAGGAAUAUUUGUCUUCUUCACUGUACUACCAUUUCUUUUUCCAGUCUUAUGAACUUUAGUGUUUUUUGUGCGAACUUAAAUGUUCUAAUAUAUAAAGGGAAAUCCAUGAACUUCUUGGAUUUCUUCCCACUAUUUAUAGCCUUAACUGUUCCCCUAUCCCAUCUUAAUUUGGGGGCUGUGGUGCAGUCCAUAUAGAUAUUACACUGUUGCACUGUGUUGCAGCAGUCCACUGUAUCUGACUGUGGCCACUUCCACUGAGCCAUGGAUUUAAACCUAUCAGUUAUUAUUACUAAUUAUUGCCAGCCUGGGAGACCAGGACAGGUCUGCUUCCAGAUAGUAAGUUGGUUUUAUGUAUGUGUAUGUUUAUACCCCGACCUUACAGUAACUUAUUUUAAAUGCAUGCAGCACUGUUUUUAAACCCAAGUAAAAACUGCUCAAAGCA